CUCUGUUGCCCUGUCUGCAGGUGUGUUGAGAAGCAAUGGCCACAGCGGCUCUUCUGAAGUUAGCACCAUCCGAGCGCUACUUCCCUUCAAGCACAGCAGCUGCUUUCUUGUGGACAAGCGCUGUCAACAUGAACGUGACCAGGCCAAAAUCUGCCAAGGGACGCACACGGUCGAGCUUCAGUUACUCUCCCCAGGUUGAAGCUUAUCCUUGCCGAGUGCCAUCUUCACCGCCGGCUGCCCAGGAAUCAGCCAAUAGACAGAGAACGUUAUCGCCAAAACCGGUGUUCCCAUCCAGCCAGGUGUCUCCUGAAGAAAUCCCGGAGCUCCUGCAGCAAGUGCCUUUGAGGACCUCCUCUUCCCUGAACAAGUACAGGGUGCUCCCUUCCAUCGGCAGGAAAGACUUAGGGAACAGUGCUGUGGAAAUAGUAACCAAGCAGACCAGCAGGCUGAAAAUGAGUAAGGGACUGGUAGAAGCCGAAAAACUCAAACCCCUUUCUAGAGAACAAAGAUCGGCCAGCAUAUUGUCAGAAGCUGAAGAACCUCCUGAGGAAGGCUUGCAUGUUCAGUGUCCGUCUGAAGAGCUGGGAAGGAAAAUGAGGCAAGAGAGCUCUUCAUUGUCCGCUUCAAGUUUGGAAGAGCCACCAAAGAAAGAGCCAAGUUUGCUGCUUGCUAUUAGAUCUCCAUCUGGUCAAAGAUUCGAGCAUCAUUUCAAGCCAACAGACACUCUUCAGAAGGUCCUUGCUGUGGCAGAGCAGAAAACCACCACCAGAUACAAACACUGUAGUGUUGAAACCAUGGAGGUACCAAGGAGGAGUUUUUGUGACCUUACAAGGUCUCUCCAAGAGUGCGGAAUCCUCCACAAGUCAGUGUUGUGCAUCCUGCAGAAAGAGCAGGAGGAGGCACAUCUCUCGGGGCACGAGGACCACAGCGCGAAUCCCCACACGCCUCUGUAG